AUGAACAUCGAUCCAUCAACAUCAUUCUACCUCAAUCUGGGAAAUGACCGCCCCAAUAUCACAUGGGAAGUCCGCUACAUGAAGGCAGGACGUCCGGAGCUUGACGAGCUCGAGUUUCUACUUCCCACCUUGCCUAACUCAUCCCGUCUCACGAAAACGAUGGUCUUCUUUGACGAUAUAACGGCAUCAAUGAAGGCACGUCGUUGGUUUCAGAAGCGCUUACCAGCAGCCUUGUACCCCCGUGUGCGGUGCUACAAUGCACGGCGAGGGGAACUGUCCAAAGGACUCGUGAUGUCGCAAUUUCUGAAGGGGGACAUCGACAUACUCCUGGCAACUGAAGCUGCGGGCAUGGGAUGCGACAUUCCUGAUGUCGCCAAGGUUGUACAAUUCAAGGCUCCAAACUCCUUGUCGACGUGGCUUCAGCGUGCCGGCCGAGCUGGAAGGAGCGCCUCAAUCCAGGCAAGGGCAGUGCUCCUCAUACAG